UGAGUCGCACAUGCAACCAGACGCGGGCUGCGAUGGCCAUGCGGAGCUGAUCGUGUUCUUGGAUACACAUCAUGGCGGAUGACUCAAGCGACUUGCUGGAGGGCUUACACAGCCUGGACAUCACCGCUUGCAAAGAGCACAUCCGCCAGCUGCAAGCACGACGAGAGAGACGUCGUGAGCUUGUGGAGAGGUUGCAGGAAAAGCUGAAGGCCCUGAACAAUGAGUUGGCUGCGAGAAAAGAGGAGGCCGACCGCUGCAAGAAGGAUCUAUUGGAGGAGCAGGCGAAGAACCGCCGCCUUGCUGAAGCGAGGCGCGGACAGAAGACUGGAAAGGAGGUAGUACAGAUUCAAGACGACCAGCACCGAGAACAGGAGCUGGAGCUCCAGGCAGCGACUGUCCGGCGCUUCAUGGAAAGUACCCUCCAGGAGAAGGUGAAGAGAGACAGCACUCAGAAUGAGCUGGGCAUACGGAUCUACGACGAAGUUGAGCUCAUGGUGGAGAAGUCAGCAGACGAGCAAGCUCUCGAAAGCAAAUAUAUCGACACGGUGCUGGUGACCUACUGCGUCCCCAACUCCGAGCUGAAAUACAACCUCAGCUUUCGUGUGGAUAAGAACAUGACCACUAAAAAGCUGAGGGAGGAUGCUUGCUUGUAUUGGGGCUUGUCGGAGGUAGAGUUCAUCCUCAAGACCAUGAGCAACGCCAAAGUCCAUGACGAGCUUGCGAUCCAAAGCUGCUUCCGCGAGAAUGAAGAUGCUCAGUUCCUUUUGGUGCAAAAGACACCGAAGAAUGCCACGCUGAUGGACAAGGAGCUCUUGCACAUCAUGCCCAAAGCUGGCCGCAAGGCUCGGCGCGUGGCGAAACAGUCGGGCAAGCUUGGGGAGGCCAAGGGUGAGUCUGCUGCAGGUGUUGGGGGAGAGUUGGCUGAGCAGAUGCUGCUGUUGCCGGGCCUUUUCAGGUACAUGACCCAGCGGGACCAGAACGUCAAACAGCACUUAGAGAGACUGAAGUUGCGGAACCUCUGUAUCUAUCUCACGGUGCUGAUCAUGACGAUCGUGGACAUCUAUCUCCAACUUCCUCCUGGCGCUACAUACAGCUGCCGAGAAGGUGUGGUCCAGCUCAUGACCGAAGGUGAUGGGCAGGGCUUACAUUUCGAGGAGAUCCGUUCGUUGGAGGAGGUCUGGCCUUGGCUCUCUGACACGGUGGCUGACCAACUCUUGGUCAAGUCAUCACCUUUGCGCACAUACAAUUAUCCCGUGGGCUAUUUGCAGGUACGUUUGCAGGAGGUUCAGCCGCCAACGGCUGCGCGGUGUGCACAGCUGGACUCUGCUUAUGCCGUACCUGUGAAUGUGACAUGCUUUGCAACACAAUACACAGCCCUGACUGCAGAGACCAGCACUAAUGUCGAGGUGGAAGACUACUUCACCAACAGGUCCGGAUUCGAUGGCCGCCACAUCAAUACUCAGCCAUGGAGCUUCGGAGAAGAACGAAGCACAUCUGCGGCAGGAGAGGCUUCCAUUGCUGGAAGCUUCUGGGACUUUGAUGGCUCCGGAUACAGCAUUGAGUAUGACUUGCAAUUCUCGCCUUUGGAGACGGUUCGUGGGGCUUUUCUGACGGACAUGGAGUUCUUGCAGAACCAGAAUUGGUUGAGCCCUGAAAGUCGCGCUCUUCAUUUGAGUUUUUUGCUCUAUAACUCGAACUACGACCGAUUCAUUUCCAACCGGUACAGCGUUGAGAUGACCGGCUUUGGCGUGGUCCGGCCGCUCGCGCAGGUCACGAUCUUUAGGCCGGGCAUUAUCGAGUACAACAUUGGCCUUCAGCAGCUCUUGACCGACGUGAUCCGGCUUUUCUUCGUGUUGCUGAUCUGCCCACUUCAGAUCUACUGGGACUUCAUGUACGAAAGACGGGUGAAUGGUUCUGGCUGCAAGCACUUCUACUCCGUCCAGGGCUUGGUUGACUUGGCCUUGGGUGUUACCUUCUUCGUGAUGUUUGGCUUGCGCUAUGGCAACUUUAACGUUAUGACUCCAUCAUACUCCAUCUACAAGACAAGAACAACAAACAGCCGCCAAGUGCUGUCCAUCGACUACUUUGUGCAACAUGCGCAAACACCCUUAGACGCUGGAGAGCUUGCAAAACAGUUCAAGCUUCACAUCGCCAUCGAUGCGGUGAUCUCUGGGCUGCUCUUGUACCGCUUUGCCUUCUUCAUGCGCGUGAACCGCCAUUUCUUCCUGAUUUGGACCACGGUACAACAAGCCGCCAUCGUGGCUUUCAGGCUUCUCACCAUUGGCCUGCCAGUCUUUGUUGGGUUGAUUUUUGUGAGUAUGGCCGUUGGUUCCUCCUAUGAUGAGAUGAACAGGACCUUCUGGUCUUCCGCCAUGCGAGUGAUGCUGUUGAUCUACGCGGAGGUCGAGACAGUCAAGGACUAUGAUCCGAAUCGUGGGUGGCAGUUGAGUUUCAACGUUUGCCUCUACUAUUUCACCAGGUUGGUCUUUGUGAACUGCUGGAUCGCCGUGCUGAUUCAUGAGUAUCAAAAGGUCCGAGUGGCCGCUGGCUCCAUUGAGCGGUACAGGUGGAAGGAUUUCAUUGUGCGCUGCUUCCUCGCGUGCCAGGCCGUUCCGGAAUUUGUACCUCAACUUUUUAAGACCAAAAAUUGAAAGGGAAGCUGAUGGACGUUGCAAGAUGGGGGUUCACCUGCCUCGGAGCCUUGCCCAGAGAUAAAUGUUCAAGCAUAGUCAUUCGCAGCUGCCAAAGAGUGAAUGUAACCCGCUGCCAUUUGCUGCAACGAAGUCAGUCGCCAAGGAGGCAAGACCAAGACCAAGACCCUUAUACAACUGUCUUAGCACUGUAUACUCUUCGCCAAGGCCGGCGAAAGAUUCGGUUGAGGAAUGAGGCUGAAGCAGGCUCGAAGCAGCCCUUGGACGACGUUCCAAGUGUUCUGUUCGGGUGACCACAUGCGUACCC